AUGGCGAGCGACGCGUCGCCGGCGUACUCGGACCGCGGCGAGGUCGGGUUCGUCAUGGGCGGGUCGUCCCCCGGAUUAGUCACGAGCCAAGGCGGGUUCGACUGGGAGGCGUACAAGCGCGAGUUCGGCACGGUGAACGGCGGACCGCCGGCGGCGUCGCCGUCGCCGUCGCCGCCGCCGCCGCAACGGCCGGCGCAGAGGCCACCGCCGCCGCGGAUGCUGCGGCAGGGCGUCGGCGUGGGCGGGAGACGACCGGGACCCUCGCGCGGGGUCUCCCCCGCGCCGCCGUCGUCCGAGCCGUCGCCGUCGUACGCGCGAGGCGGUCACGGCGGCGGCAGAGGGACGCGGGGGGAGGACAGCUACGGCGGCGGCGACGAUCCGUUCCGCCCGACGCCGUCCGGGUACGACGCGAUGGGCAUGGGCGGCGGGUACGGCGCCGGCGCGGAGGAAUCCCUCCUGGACUGGGGCCCGGACCUCCCCGCGGACACGUUCGGCGGCGCCGUCGGGAACGCGGGGUACGGCGGCGCGUCCACGGAUUACGCCGCGCGCGCGCGAACGGGGGGCGGAGGAUACGACGCGAGCGGCGCGAUGUACGCCGGGAUGCCGAACGAAUCGUACGGCGACGGGUACGGGGGUUUCGAGGGCAUGCACGCCGCGGAGUUUGGGUUCGCGCCGCCGGAGCCGCAACCCGGGUAUCGUCCUCCCGUCGACGAUCCGGAGCCGUCUCGAAGGCGACCGCCGGCGAAGAAGCCGACGCAGAACGGGUUCGGGUCCGCCGUCGGCGCCGGCGCGGACCGCGGACUGAUGCCGUCCAAGCCGGGCGCCAAAAAAGCGACGCCCGCGAGGCGGCCGUCGCACAGCGCGGGCGACCACGGAGUGCAGUCGUCCGGGUACGGGCAAACCCCGGGAGGAGGGACGAGGGCGAGAACCGCGGGGAGCGGCGGGAAGCGCGUGCCGUUGACGCGACGGCCGCUGCCGAGGGCGGAGAAGAAACUUCCGCCGUCGCUCGCGAAGGAAGACUCGAACAGCAGCGGCAAGUACGUGCAUCACAACGGCUCGAAUAAAGAGUGGGUCGGGUUAGGACCGAACGUGCGCGGGCCCGCGGGAGGGUACUCGUUCAUCGUCAACGGCGAACGCGCCGAGACGUACUCGAAACCGAACGACGGGCCGUGGCAAAACGCGUUGCGGUCGGACAUUCGACAGGAAAACUUGUACACCGAGGGAAGCGCGUACGACGACGGGUUUUACCACGGCUCCGCGCUACCGGACCUCGGCGGGUACGGCGCGGCGUCGCUUCCCGCGGGGGCUUCCCCGGGAGGGAGGCAAACGGUGUCCGCGGGCGCGGGCGGCGGCGCCGCGAAACUGUCGUACCGCGAGAUUCGCGGCGGGAUCGACUACGAGCCCGGACGGCCGGAGACGUACCAGCGCGUCCUCGGGCAGGACGGGACGUACUGGACGCAAGGCUCGCUCGGUGGGACCGUGGACUCGGAGGAGCAGAUCCGAGCGAGGGAGAAGCGCGAGGCGAUAAAAGAGAUGGACCGGCAAGUGCGCGCGGAGAACGCGCGGCGGUUUGAGGCGGCGAAAGCGCGCGAGGCGGCGAAACCGAAGUCUCCGCCGAGCGAGCGGUUCAACGUCUUCUACAAACAGCCCGGGGAGGACGCGCUGCUGGCGCAGUACCGCAGAGAGAUGUACGCGAAGAGCGUGCCGAAGCCGACGCCGGCGGCGCCGAAGCCGCCGCCCGCGCCGCCGCCGCGGCGGAAGCCGACCGCCGCGGACCUCGCCGCGAAGGAGGAGGCGGCCGCGCGCGAGCAGGCGCGGCUCAUGGACUACGUCUACGGCGGCGAGCUCAGCGGCGACGACGGAUUCGACGGCGGGAUGACCGAGUUGGAGAGGCUCACGAUGGAGCACCGGAUGCACCAAGAGAAGCUCGCGGCUUUGGCGAACAAGCACAGGGUGCGGUGA